UUUUGACAUGACAGUACAGCUACUUUCUCAAAUUGUUACACUAUCAUUAUGAUUUACUUAUACUACUUACCUACCUGAUUAUAGCAUAUUCAAAAUUAUGGAUUCCAUAAAACCUAUACUUAAAAUUUACCAAUACUAAAUUGGCUUUUCGCCAUACCCAUACACAUUGGCGAAGCCCAUUUUAAUAUGUUUCUACUUUCUAAAUUUUAAAUUAAAUUCCGCUAUGUAAUUUACAAAGUGAAUUUUUCAAAGAAUUUCAGUCAAACUUUAUAUGAACAUGUGCCCUUAGCCUUAGAUAUUAUUGCUAUAAGCAAUCUCCUACAGACAACCUUUGGCGGAAAGAUUACAAAGUGGUACAAAAACAAACUUAUAUGAACCAUUAUAUUCCUCUAUAUUUAUGAGGGACGGACGACCGUUAUCAAAUACAACACCACGUUUAAAAAUAGCAUACAUCAAAAAUAAUUUUAUACAAAUGAGCAAUUCUUUUAUUUGUUCUAUAUAUAUAUAUUAAAUUCGGCUGAAGUUAAAUCAUUGACAAUUAUUUUGGUGGUGAUUCUAUAUAAAUGAAUCUUCGGCUAAGUUACGCAAGGAUACAUCUUCCAUCCAUAGGUAUACCCAUAUUAUUCAUUAAAAAAUCGAAUAAUUUUGAUUAAUAAGUACUUAAGACCCCCAAGAUCGUUAGAGGCAUUUUCGCUAAAUAAAACCUAAGGAAAGCUCAAAUAAAUAAGCUUUUAAAUAUUUAUAAACCUAACCUGUAUAGUUUUUUUGUAUUUAUGAACUAAUCUCGACCGGGUCAUUGAGCCUAGAUUAAAGUGUAGCUCUCGAUUGAUAAAUAAAUUUAAAUAUUUCUGCCGCUUCUUACAUUUUAGUCAACCAUUAUCACGCGAUGAUGCCCAUUCGUGUCCCGUGUCACAUUUUUAUUACUUGCCUUUGACGCGAUAAUUUUUUAUACCUCUACGUUGAAGUCGGAUUACAUCACCGUUGUUGUGACAAUGUGCAAGAGAGGUGUUGCGUUCGCUUUAACGGUGCUGAUUCCUUUUACGAUUGGAGUACGGAUUAACUUCACAAACUGCCACUAUCCUGAAUGGUCUUGUACUAACAACGUUCCUAAUGAGAUUGUUUACACCUGUUCGGCUGUGAGAAGUAGUGAUUUCAUUAUCCAUCUAAAGGACUUUUACACUGACCAAAUCCACAGUAUCACGGUUCAGAAUUGUAGAGACUUAAGAGUAGUGCUCGAUUGUCCUAUAUUGCAACGUGCUUCUCGGUUGCAGAAAUUGAUCAUCAAAGAUUGUGAUAGGCUCGAGUUCAUUUCACUGUCUAGCAAUUCACUAUUGCAAACACCGCCAGAAGUGAGAAUUGAAAAUGUCAGAGAAAUCGUAUCCUUUCCAAGGAAUAUAUUUAAAUCUCCCAAUACUAACACGGAACUGAAAUGUAUGGGAGCGGCUUCAUUCAAAAAGCUGCACGUUAUUAACAGUAAAAUUAACUCGAUCAAUACCAGAGCCAUCUACAAUGUCAGUGGUAUUAAAAGUGUGGAAUUUGAAAAUGUAACAAUAACAGAUAUCCAAACUGAAGGUAUAGAAGCUUUUAUGGGAAGUAAUAAUACUCUGUUUUCUAUUAUAAACAGCAAAUUUGAAAAUAUGGAUUUCAAAGCUAUAACUGUCCAGAGUUUCACGGUGAAAAUUUCCUCGAAUGUUUUUGCGGACGUAAUAGCAAACGUAAUGAAUAUUUCAUCGGAUAAUUUAUUUUUAGUUAGCAAUAAGUUCAAAGAAGUAUGUGCAAAUGGUAUAACCACAAACUCUGUGAACACUGAGAUAUCGGAUAACACGUUUGAAUCUAUAAAAAGCAACGCUGUGGCAAACGUUAGAUGUUCAAAAAAACGUUCGAAUAAAAAGUACAUCAAUUUCUCAAGAAAUACGUUCAAGAAUGUCGAACCAUACUCACUAUAUUUCGAUCAUGCGAGUUGUAAGUCCGCUGGAACCCAAAUCACAUUUCGCGAAAACAAAAUUGAUUGCCGCUGCCGAAACAUUUCAUUUUUAAAUUCAGCCACGUACAAUGAACAAAACAACUUAAUACUGAAUUUGGCUAAUAAUAACACAUGCUUGGUAACGCAUUGUAUACUGCCGGUCGAAGUGGUCAAAUUACUGUUGGAACUAGAUAUGUGUCAUUUAAAUCUUGAUCCCCAAGUAAUGUGCUUACUCUACAAUGAUAAGCAAUCAAGUAAUAAUAAUAACAACGAAGUCACGACUGACGAUGAAGUGACCGAACCAGCGCCUACGUUUUAUUUGAUCAGACAAGCGAACAGUCUCAGCAGUGAUACAGGCGCCGCCAUGACAGCCAUCGACAAGGAUGAUCUUUUAAAAGAUAGUCAUCUAAACCUGACAAACAGGACUUUGAUAAAGUUUGUUUUUGAUUCAUCCAAAGAUUUCGUUGAGACUUUGAGGAGCACAAGUAGAACUCGGAAUAGGCCGACGGAGAAGGCUCCCCCGAAGGAAGAAUACGUUAGUCACUGUAUAGGUACGCAGUGUAGGAACGAUAACGUUUAUAAUCGCCAACGAGCCUUGGAUUUUUACAAAUACGUCUACGCCCAACUACGCACACCAAGACAGGAUGAUAACAAAUUAAACCAACUUUAACUGUAGUUACUAGUUAUCAAUGAAAAAUAAAUGUGUACAUAAUA